CUUCUUGGUUUCAGAUUAAACACAAUGUUAUAGCUUCUCCAACAUAAAAUCAACACAUUGGCUAUCAAAGAUAUAUAUAUAUAUAUAUAAAAGAAAAGAUUUCAAUAAAGAUGAUCAUAUUGUGUUUUCUUUAAUUUCCCAUCAAGUUUAAGUUUGAAAGGUGGCUGAGGCUCUCUGUUUCUAUAUAGUUCCCCAACUGGAUGAAUACUACUCUGUUUCUUUUGAAUUGUGGGACUCAAUUAGCCAUUUCUAGACUAGAGAUCAAUUAAAUUUUCAAGAAGCUCAUUGAGAGAGUGGAAACCCAUCUUUGGAUAGUUUUAGAAAGUGAUUAUUUUUGUAUAAAUGUGAUUUUAGGCACUUGUGCUUGUCAAGAAUGAAAAUACAAAUACAACACUCUGUCCUCCUCUGCCUCUUAAAUCUUGCUUAUUUGCUGGCUCUCUCUGGAGGGGAGAAUACAAUUCAGCUUCCUACCAAAUUUACAAGAAAUAGUUUUCCUGAUGGUUUUGUGUUUGGAGCAGGAUCAAGUUCCUACCAGUAUGAAGGAGCAGCAGAAAAAGGUGGCAGGAAACCUAGCAUAUGGGAUACUUUCACUGCGGAACAUCCAGAAAAAAUUGCAGACCACAGUAAUGGGAAAGUUGCCGAGGAUUUCUACCAUCAUUAUGAGGAAGACAUUUCUCUUCUGAAAGAAAUUGGUUUAGACUCCUACAGAUUCUCAAUCUCUUGGCCAAGAAUAUUUCCUGAGGGAAAAAUUAGGAGGGGAGUGAACUGGGAAGGUGUCAAGUUCUACAAUUCUCUCAUAGACAAGCUCCUUUUGAAUGGUAUUCAGCCCCUUGUGACACUAUUCCAUUGGGAUGUUCCACAAACCCUUGAAGAUGAAUUCAAAGGAUUCUUAAGCCCCAACAUUGUGAAUGAUUUUUCGGAGUUCGUAGACUUCUGCUUCAAAGAAUUUGGUGAUAGAGUGAAGCACUGGGCUACUAUCAACGAGCCUAACUUAAUGAGCAUGUACGGAUAUGCAUUUGGUUUCAAUGCACCUGGUCGUUGUUCUGACUACGUCGGCAACUGCACCGAGGGGAACUCUGCGACAGAACCGUACAUUGUAGUCCACCACUUGAUUCUUUGCCAUGCAGCUGCCGUGAAAUUGUACAGAGAAAAGUAUCAGGCUUCUCAAGGAGGAGUCAUUGGGAUUACAGUAUUCACAGCUUGGAUGGUUCCCAAAUAUGACAAUGUUGCUAGUAUGAAGGCUGCCUCUAGAGCUCGUGAUUUUUUGAUCGGAUGGAUUAUGCACCCAAUUACUUAUGGAGACUACCCAGCAACCAUGAGAUAUUUGGUGGGCAAUAGGCUGCCAAAAUUUACAGAACCACAAGCAAAAAUGGUGGCAGGAUCCUUUGAUUUCAUUGGAGUAAAUUACUAUACAGCAUCAUAUACAGAAGACCUUACAUCUUAUAGCAGUGUCAAUAUAAGUUAUAUAACAGACAGACGAGUUAAUUUUACAACUGAGAAGAAUGGGAUUCCAAUCGGCGAACAAACUGGUUGCAGCUGGCUAUACAUAUACCCAAAAGGACUUUAUAAACUUAUGCUGUAUCUAAAGAGAAAAUACAACAAUCCUGUCAUUUACAUCACUGAGAAUGGAAUGGGUGACAGUAGCUCAUUAUCACUUGCUGAUGCACUUCAAGAUAGGCUGAGAAUAAAAUAUCACCAUCUUCAUCUAUUGGCUCUCUUAAAAGCUGUCAAGCAAGGUGUAGACAUUAGAGGAUACUAUAUCUGGUCAUUUCUAGACGACUUCGAAUGGGAUAUGGGUUACACUGUUCGAUUUGGGAUCACUUAUGUAGACUACAGAAAUGAUCUCAGAAGAUAUAUCAAACAAUCUGGUUUCUGGUUUAAGAAGUUCCUUCAAAAGGAGAACAGAACUUCUGCAUCUUCUUCGUUGGACUCGCAAUGAUUAAAGUAAAAUACCUCUCAAUUCUUCAUUAUUCACUUGGCUAUGUGCAGAAAUUGACCACACAAUUCAUAGAUAUGUAGUACAGUGAUAAAUUGUUUUGUAAAGCAAUCUCUGACUCCAUGAAAAGAGAGAAUUGAACAGAUUCUACUCUCUUUUCUUGUUGAAGUCAUGAAGUGUAAAUAAGCAUAUUCUACUCUCCUUUCUUAUUGAAGUAAUGAAGAGUCAGGAUUUAAAUUGUUAUGCAUAUGGCGUACAGCCAUACCAAAUAAAAACACUAAUCUUAAAAAAAUGUUGAGAUUUAUUUGCAGUUAAGAUGAGGGACAUGGGACACCCUUUUUAUAUAUUCUAAUCUUUAUCAUUU